GGCCUAUAAAAAGUAAGCGGCUGCGCAGCGUUGGUGAGAGACGGACUUUUGUUGACGACGGCGUCCCGCACACAGCUGAGAGAGAGACAGAGACGCAGAGAUGGAGCAGACUGAGCUGGUGAAGCCAGAGACUCUGGACGAGCUGAUCAAAACCCUGCACAAUAUCUUCGAGAGUGACCGCAUCAAUGUUGAGGAGGUCCAAGACAUCAUGGAAUCAUAUGAGAGCAAGCCCCACGAAUGGAUGAAAUAUGCUCAGUUUGACCAGUACAGGUACACAAGGAACUUGGUUGAUGAGGGAAAUGGGAAGUUUAAUCUCAUGAUUCUGUGCUGGGGUGAAGGCCACGGCAGUAGCAUCCACGACCACACGAACUCCCACUGUUUCAUGAAGCUGCUUCAGGGUCAGCUGAAGGAGACGCUGUUCAAGUGGCCAGAUAGUAAAUCUCACGGAAACAUGGUCCAGAAGUCACAGAGAGUCCUCCAGGAAAACAAGGUGGCUUACAUAAAUGACUCCCUUGGCCUGCAUCGUGUGGAAAAUGUCAGCCAUACUGAGUGUGCAGUCAGUUUGCACCUGUACAGCCCGCCUUUCCAGGCCUGCCAGACCUUUGACCAGCGGACGGGGCACAAGAACACUGUCAAAAUGACAUUCUGGAGCAAACAUGGAGAGAGGACUCCUUUUGAGGCGGCGCUCUCGCAAGAGAACAACUAAAGGCGGCUCCGGACGAAGAAGGCAGUUGUGUUGAAAAUGACAAUGUGAAAUGGAUUGAGGAGGAAGCCGCUGGAGAAGUGAAACUCUGAUCAACGACGACGAAGCGAAAUCAGGAUGAGGCCAGUUCCGAAGGACAGCUCUGUAAUUAGAAUGGCUUUAUCACUGCAAGCUUGUGAAAUACAGACGUGCACAGGAUGAAUGCAUGAAUAGGCUCGGACAUGCCUGUUGUUGUUUGCCAGGCCUGAGGAGUGUUCCCACAUUUGUGUAAAGUUACGGCCCACGAUCAAAGACGAGAGCUAAAGCAUUUCAAAAGAGGAUUUUUUUUUUUUUUUUUAAAUGCAAGAAAACAGUUCCGCAAUCGACAGUUAGAUUCUUAGCGGGGCACUUUUAUAACUGUGUAUAAUGUCAGUAGAUACCACUCGAAAGUAGUCUUAACACCUAAAAUAAAUUGUUGAUGAAAUGUAACCAUGUUUGUACAGACUAAUUAACAAAAAAAGAAGUGUUUAUUACAUUUUUGUUUGGAUUAAGAAAUGUAAAGCGUUAGAGUCAUGUUGUUUUCUUUUCUAUUUUUUAAAGAACAAAUGUAAUUUAUUUACAAAGUACCAUAAAAGGAGUGUUUGAAUCAGCCAGUUACCAUGUUUGUCCUAAACGUAUUCAUGCUCAACUUUUGACUAAGAGAGUUUUACAGAGGAACUAUUUUUUUUGUGUUAUUAGCAGGCGACAUUUUUUUCCUCUCUUGAUUUUGGCAUAUUUUGAUUGUGGCUGUAUUUAUGAAUUUUGUAGUUUUACAGCAUUAGCACCUUUUGUACCACUGUCAAAUGCAUGCCUGAUUUGUGUGAUGCAGUAACUCAUAAAUCUGGCCAUAAAUGAAGACCAUUAAACAUGAUUACCCUUUCACAGAA